AUGGAAAACUUCCGCAAGUUGUGGUGGGCAGAAGAAAUCGAUUAUCUCUUCAAGCUUUUACUUUAUUUCAGCUAUGUUUUCGCUUUGGUUUCUAUCGCUACAAGAAUUUCAGAUGUGAUAUGAAAUUAUAAUACUCUCAUAGAAAACUUUGCUUAUAUUAUCACGCACUCGCUUGGAUGCAUGACACUGACAUUUUUCAGUGAUAAAGGCUGGAAAACAAAGAUGUUUGUAGCUUUCGCAGUUACCGAAGUUUAUAAUACAUGCUGUUUUCUUUCGAAACAAAUCAAUCAAGAUUACCCUUGCAUAUUUCAGUCGUUUUCUUUUAUUUUAAUUACUCAACUUCAAGUUCCUAUGGUAAGUAAUAAAUAUAUUUUGAAUUUAUUGCUGCUCAAGUAUGUUUAUAUGUGGUUUGUGCAUGAUAUGAUAUUUAAUUCAGCAGCAGCUAAUGUUAUUCAAUUCAAUACAAUCCUAUACUUUUUUGCUAUAAUUUCUGAUAGCGUCCAUGUGUAGGAUUCUGUUCCACACGCUGAAAAAUCUUUUGCAUGUGGAAGCAAGCCAAUAAGCAGGCUUCACAUGCUAAAAAUUUUUUCACGUGUGGAGCAGAAUCCCACACGUGGAACGCUAUAAGAAAUUAUAGCAAUAAAUUAUAGCAAUUUUGUUGAUGUGCAAUGUACAUAGUUACUACAAACGAAAAAUCUCAUAUGAGCGAUUUUUAUAUUUUAAAGAGCUAGAAGAGUCGAAAGACCGAUUUAAGGUUAUUUCUCAAGCAUUUUCUGAUGGAGUUCUUAUUUUAUCAGAAGCAAACACUAUUGAAUUUACCAAUGAAAAUAUUCUGACUUUGCUGCACUGCAGCCAAGACGAAAUUUACCGUGAGGUCUCGAAAUAUGAGUAUUGUCCUGAUAAAAAAGUCUCACUCCCCUCCGUGAGAAAACAAAACAUUUGGAAAAAUCCCUAUUUUUUGGGUAAAAACCCGCAUUCCGUGAGCGAACAAAAAUGCUUUAAAAAAAAACCCUCUGUGAGGGAACAACUCACGGAAGGGGAGUCAGGAUUUAAUACCUCAAAUUUCCUCAUUGAUGACAUUCACUAUGCCUUUCACCAUUUAGAUGCCACAGAAAUUACUCUUGGAAUCACUCAAUUAGGUACUAUUAAACUGGAAUGAAAAGCCAGAAAAAUCGCAUGAAAAAACCAUCAAGCUCUCUUUUUAACUGCAAGAAACGUAAACCAUAUAAUUGAGCUUGAAAAAAGAAUUGCUGACGACAACAUGAAAACUGUUUUAUUACGGUCUGUUUCUCAUGAACUAAGGACACCGCUGAACUCAAUCAAUUUUUUUGUAAAUGAGUUAAUUACUAAAGCAAUAGAUAAUAAAUCAGAAGACGAAAAAAAUAAGCUAAAAAUCAUUGCAAUUUCAUCGAAAUUGAUGCUUUCACUUAUUGACGAUUUACUUGACUACUCAAAAAUGUUGGCUGGAGUUUUUGCAGUAAAGAAAACUCCUUGCAACUUUAAUAAUUAAUACGAUGGUGGUGACGGAAUAUGUCCUGACGGAGGUCGCACUACUUUGGGCUUCAAAAUGAUUUUAUAGCUUAAACCAAGAUUCAAGCCCAUUAACUCUAACCCUUAGCAUUACCUUGAUCGUCCGUAUGAGGUGGGUAAACUUCGGGAGUCCAGUCCAAGUAUUAGUUAUCCGGAUGGUUUUGGGCUACAGGUCUUUUCCUCCCAGUUCCGAUAGACAGUAGUUCUUUAUUCCUGGGUAUUACUGAGCCUCAAGGUGGUCGACAGGGGGCAUUGGCUGACUUUGUCUCCACAGCACCCGCAAAGACGUACAGCAAGAGGAGGGGUCCUAAACCGUCGAAACUCAGGGAUGUCGAUGUCGCCCCAGGUCACGUGAGUAGACCGCCUUUGAGGAACUAGGCAAUUGGUUUCCUUCGUUAAGGUGGCGCAGGUGGUCACAAGCGUGCGGAAGCAUCAAAUCUGGAAUGCUUUAAACCCUUUUAAUUUUAAUCUUGCAACUUUAAAAAUAUCCUGAUGAAUGCAUAUGAACUCAUUAGUUUACAAGCGAGCAAAAAGAACUUAAGCUUGAAAGUUCGAAUUGACCCAGAAAUCCCUGAAACUCUUUAUACAGAUCCACUUAGACUGAGUCAGAUAAUUCUAAAUUUAUUAAGCAAUGCCUUGAAAUUUACUUUGAAAGGAUGAAUUGAAAUAAGCUGUGUUCUUUGCAAUAAAAAUAAAUUGAAAAUUUAUGUAGAAGACACAGGUAUCGGAAUGGCUGAAGAAGUCAGGCAUAGGCUUUUCACAGAGUUCAGCACGUCCUAUAUUCCUACUAUUAAUCCUCAAGGAAGUGGGCUUGGGCUUUGCAUCUCUAAUAUUUUAGUAAAAGUUCUAGGCGGAAAACCUAUAAAAGUUUCCUCUCAGUUAGGAAAAGGCUCUAUUUUUCAUUUUUCAAUAAAUAUUCAUCAAGAUAGUCAAGCCAACGAAAAAUAUGAAAAAGUUGUCACAGUUGACGAUGAACUCGUGGAUUUUAUUGAUAUGAAUAAAUAUAAAGAAAAAAGCUCUAAAAAAGCUUUAGAUGUGUUGAUUGUCGACGACAAUGAUUUUAAUAGGAUUGUUUUGGGCUCAAUUUUAGCCCAAUACAAUAUUAUGUAUGGAGAAGCUUGUGAUGGAAGAGAUGCUAUUAAUAAAAUUUUAUCUUAUGAGAAAAGAGAAAAAAUGUACAAAGUUGUUAUCAUGGACUGUAAUAUGCCAGAAAUUAGUGGCUUUGAAGCCACUCAGCUCCUUCCGGUCAUGGGGCUUGGUCAUGCUAUCCCGGAAGUAGGCGGACUGGGUCACCGUGCUUCACGUCGCCAGACUAGGGUUAGAGCUAAGGAUUAACUCGUUAGCUCUUGUCGGCUCCUGCCAUGCUCUCCAAAUUGGCACUAGCAGUCCCUAGAGGAAAAACCCUUUUUACCCCGUGUCCUAUCGGGACUAUCCUAGGAUCGUCGUUGCUGGACUGGGAGGGAAGCCUAGCCAGACACAAACUACCAGUACCCAUUCCAGACCUUUCCCUGGCGGAUUGGCUUCAGGCCGCAGCAAGGUCCCCAAUCUCGCCUCAGUUUCGGGAGAGGACGGGUCGGUGUCGCCAUUUUAUUUGUGUAGUGGCUUUGAAGCCACUAAAAAGAUUACUAAAAGCACAUAGCGAUGGAGAAAUUAAAAAAAUGCCUGCAAUUAUUGGGUAUUCAGCAUAUACCUCUGAUGAAGAUAAAAAUGCUUGCUUUGAGUGUGGAAUGACAGAUUACUUGACAAAGCCGUGCCCCCCAGAGAUUAUAAUAAAUACAGUGAGAAAGUAUUUGUAA